AUGUCUAAUCCUGAGGACUAUACAGUCGGAUGGAUCUGCGCAUUAAGCACAGAGUAUGUUGCCGCACAGGAGUUCCUCGAUGAGGAGCAUAAACCGCCGAAGUUUGUGUCGCCUAAUGACACCUAUGAGUACACAUUAGGCAGGCUUGGAAAACACAACAUCGUCAUCGCCGUCUUACCCGAUGGUGAAUAUGGAACAGCUUCAGCUGCUAGUGUAGCCACACAUAUGCUUCACAGUUUCCCGAAUGUCAGAAUCGGCUUGAUGGUGGGCAUUGGUGGCGGGGCACCAAGUAGGAAGCAUGACAUCCGUCUUGGCGAUGUUGUGGUCAGCGCGCCUCGUGACAAUGAAGGUGGUGCUUUUCAGUACGACUUUGGCAAAACAAUACAGGAGCAGGCUUUCCAACAUACGCGAUUCUUGAACCAACCUCCAACAAUCCUACGGGGUGCAGUGACGGGGAUUCAGGCCCAGUACCAGAGGAAGGGACAUCGGCUUGAAGAGGUUAUCGAAACGAUGAGAAAAAUCCGAAGCUACGUCAGAAAUAUACACGACCGCAGCCUGACACUGACAAACUUUUCAAAUCUAAAUGAUCCUUCAAAUUUGAUAGAGCGACGCGAACGGGCAAAAUCUGAGGACAAUCCAGCCAUUCACUAUGGCCUGAUUGCCUCUGCAGACCAAUUGAUGAAGGAUGCUUUGAUUCGUGAUCGACUUGCGGCAGAGAAGGAUGUUCUAUGUUUUGAGAUGGAAGCAGCAGGCUUGAUGAAUCAUUUCCCGUGUCUGGUCAUACGGGGUAUCUGUGACUAUUCAGACUCCCACAAGAACAAAGAGUGGCAAGGGUAUGCUGCAAUGGCUGCAGCCGCGUAUGCAAAGGAUCUCCUAUGUAGAAUUCCGCCGAAUAGGGUUGAGGCUGAGAGAAAGAUUAGCCCUGACUUAUCCGAGCGCGUGGAAUCCCGAGUGGAUGGCACCUGUGAAUGGUUCCUAAAUCAUGAGAACUUUCAAACAUGGUUGGAACAAGAUUCUGGACCGUUGCUGGUCUCAGCAGAUCCUGGAUGUGGGAAAACCGUCUUGGCCAAAUAUCUCAUCGACCACAAACUACCACGCUCAGCAAGUAUCUGCUACUUUUUCUUCAAAGACCCGGAUCAGAACACGGUCCGACAAGCACUUUGUGCUUUGCUUCACCAACUCUUCACCCAAAAGCAUACGCUGCUGGAAUAUGCUACCAAACAAUUCAGCAAGGACGGCCCUGGUUUGAUCGACUCAAAUAUAUCACUCUGGAUGGUCCUGGAAAAUGCUGUGGAAUCUGAGUUUGAGGACCUGAUGCGGAAUGUGGGGGGCCAAUUCAGCAGCAACCAGUCGAGCUGCGGUAAGUUGAAGUAUCUUCUCACGAGCCGCCCAUAUGAACAGGUUUUAUCCAAGUUCCGGAGGUUCUCGCAUAUUCGUAUACCGGGAGAGGAAGAAUCGGGGAGUAUCAGUCAAGAAGUAAACCUCGUCGACACCUCUUUGUGUCUUUUUGAAGUGUUCCUUCUCCAACAGGUCGAACACAAGGUACACCCAGAGUUCUUCAACUCGGUGUUGGAUGAGGCCACCAUUGAAACAUUGCCAAAAAGUGUUAACCAGGCAUACGAACAAAUCCUUAGCAAAUCCAAGGAAGAUUCGAUGGUUCGCAAGUCUUUGAGCAUUAUCUUAGUCGCGACUCGGCCGCUGACGAUUUCGGAAAUGAAUAUCGCUGUGAAUAUCGAUGACACAGUGAAAUCUUUCAAGGACCUUGAUCUGGAGGAGGAAAAGGACUUCAUGUUACGUCUCAGAUCUUGGUGUGGAUUGUUCAUAUCAGUGUAUUACGGCAAGAUUUAUUUCCUCCAUCAAACUGCUCGAGAGUUCCUUCUCCUCACAGACAUGUCAUCCCCUGCAACCUUUCAUUGGCGUCGCUCCAUCACUAGCCAUUCCGCACACAAUAUUCUUGCACAAGUUGCUGUGCUCUACCUUAACUUCUACAACUCCGACGUCAGCCUUCAGGCAAAUACGGCAAAUACGAACCAGAUGGCUAGACACGGUAUCAAUAGAAACCUCUUCUUGGACUAUUCGUCUAAAAAUUGGGGUCUUCAUUUCCGCGAGGGCCGUAUUAAUAACGAUGAUACGAUAGUACCUUACGCUUCAAAAAUUUGUGAUCCAAUCUCGAAAACCUAUUCAACGUGGUUCCAUUUUUGGAAGACACCAGGGAGGAUGAUUCCUAUGAAUGGUACAGGCCUCAUGACGGCAUCAUAUUUUGGUCUUGAUGCUGUCGUAAUGUUGUUCCUCAAGGAUGGUAUCGACCCGGAGUUGAAGGGCAGCGAUGGCCGGACACCGCUAUCGUGGGCAACAGAAAACGGGCAUGAAUCAGUUUUCAAGCUGCUUCUCCACACUGGAAAGAUUAAUGCCGACUCAAAGGACGAGAAUGGCCGGACACCACUGUCAUACGCUGCCGGGAAGGGCACGAAGGCGCUGUCAAGGCGCUGCUUGAGUCAGGCGAAGUGGAUGCCGACUCGAAAGACAAUCUUGCGUGGGAACCAGAUCACUAUUACUGAGGAUGUGGUAAAGGCUGCGGCUGCAAAUUUUAUGAAUGGCAAGGAAGUGAUGACACUGCUUCUACUGGCGCGGGCCAGCCACUAUAUCAUCAAUCACGGAAAAGAUAAUUCACACUGCAGCAACUUGUGGUCAAAUCGAGAUUCUUAA